CUGCUUGCAGCAGGUUUCGCUAUGUCGGAACCUGCUUUUUAUAGAAUACCUCCAGAAAUCUGGGACAGGAUCAUUGUAGGGGUUGGUCGGCGAGACCUAGCGGCGCUCGCUGUGACGUCCAGGCAGACGUACCCAAUUGCCAAUCCUCUACUUUACCAGACUCUUGAGCUAUCAUUCUGCAAAUGCUCGGAGGCCUACUAUAACGCACUUGCACGGACAAUUAUCGACAAUGCUGAACUUGCUUCUCUGAUCAGGAACCUUUACAUAGACAUGAAAGUUCCAUGCAGAGUCAAGACUGCGGGUUCUGUAGAUAACUUUCACUCGACAAGGACAUGGAGAACCCAGUAUCGCCCACAUCUUAUCUUUCUUCCAGGAAGAGUGGAUGAUAGGAAUGAUCCGAAGAGUCGGUCCGACUGGAAUCGUGAGGCGGCGCAGACUCUUCUUGAUCCUCAAGUCUCUGAAAUACUCGCUCAUCUGUCUCAUAUUGACAGAAUAUCCGUAAUUCUUGGACAUUUCCAACAAGAUUCUGAAAUUCUUCUGUCAUUAUUUAACGCCCUUCCUGAGGAGGUCCUGCCUUCCUUACAGCUGCUGAAGAUCUCCGACGCGUCAAUAGUAACUACCGCCUCCUUCGGUUCGAUGAAUUCUCUUCGGGUGCUCGAUCUGGGCUAUUCUGCCGUGGAUGAUUUGAUACUCUGCGACCUAGUCAGUCAGAAUGUGGGAACCCUCGAGGAGAUACACCUCAACUGGAUUAUGGAAUCACAACAAAGACCCUUAUUCACAGGCUAUUCUGGAGGCGUGAUCAAGGGUCUAAAGGCGUUUACUUCGCAGGGUCCACACGCAUUCUCUUUUGAUGGGAUCAAGAAGCUAUUUGGUGAAGCAUCGUUGCUUGAAGACUUUCGAUUGGAAUCAUUGUCAUUACCGUCUGCCAUGAUUUGGAAUCGUAUUUUCACCAACUGGCUUGCGAGCAGCUGGUGGAAACUGGACAAGAUGCGUGUACUGAAGUUUGGAGCAGCGGCAGGUUGCAAAGAAUUUUGGGAUUCGGUGGCACAGUUUCUUGUUUGCUGUGGAAGUGGUUUGAUAUCUCUGGGCAUCAACGGUUCUCCAAGAGGUCCAACCGGCCCGUUUCCUACCAAACUUAUUGAAUAUUUCGCCGCUCAUACGCAGCCUAUGUUAAAAACGCUUGUCGUGAUGUGGCGUGACGAUUUGGGCCUUCCACCUGUGUCUUCGAUGGGAUUUACGUUAUUCGCACCGUCCCUUGAGAUGCUACACAUUUGCUUCUCAGUACCCGCUGAUCUCGUCAACAGUCUACUGAACUUGAUUGCACCGUUUUCCAAACUGCGAAGAGUACACUUUACUUUCCUGAAGCGUACGAAUGCACCCGACAUUAACGAUGCGGGAAAAACCAUUGCUUAUUCGAAAAUUUUCGCGAGUGCUUGUGGGGAUAUUGCACAGAAGGGACCCAUGUUCCAGGAAUUCGUAAAACGUGCUGCUGUCAGUCAUCCGGAACUCGCAGAAGUCAGUUGGAGUAUUUAUGACAGAAUCACGUAUUCUGCGGAAGGUCCGAAGGCUUAUGUGAAGAUUAACAGGUCUAAUUCGGAAUCCCCAGAUCCUAACAGUCUUCUCCUCGAGGAUCUCGGCGACAAAUGCCGGAAAUACGAAAGCAACGAAUCGAUGCGUUUCAGAUGCACAGUAGGGACGAAGAAGGUGCUUCUCAACCAGAAGCCAGGUUGGAGGGAGGACAUGGGAAACCCUUUCCUUGAGACACAUCGAGUAUGCCAAUACGCGGAAUUUAACGAAGGAAGUAAUAUGGACCGACUUCGGCGAAGGGAGCUGUAAAAUAAUUUGUUUGUUUUUUUGUUUGGACAAUUUACUUUGGGCGCUUGUAAUUUUAUGCUAUGUUGUAUGUACUGACGGGGAUUCUGGACCCUUCUGGACCAUUUUUCUGGACUAUCUUUCUUGCCUAUGUACGGACUUGUAUUCUUUGUACGUAUACGAAAUGGACUUUACGACAUUAACUCAUGUUAAUC